UUUACGCUAGACGGCGCAUUGUACUUUCCUUCCGUUACAGUUUUAGCGAACGUCAAGCGCGAUGCUGUCUACAGUGGUAGUUGCGUGUUCUUUAAUUUUUCUAGCUUAUGGAGCGCAACUGAAGCCUAGAUUUGAAUACAAAUACAGCUUUAAGGGCCCCCACCUGACCCAGAGCAACAAAAGCAUCCCUUUCUGGGAUUACGGAGGAGAUGCCAUCGCUGGAGAUGAUAACAUUAGAUUGGCGCCCUCUAUCAGAAGCAAGAGAGGUUGGGUGUGGACAAAUCUGAAAACUAACUUUAACCAGUGGUCAGUGGAAUGUGUCUUCAAGGUCACAGGUCGAGGCCGAGUUGGUGCAGAUGGACUGGGUGUGUGGUUUACGGAGGACAAAGGUCAGGAGGGACCAGUUUUUGGGAACCAGGAUAUGUGGAGGGGACUGGGUGUGUUUAUGGACUCCUUUGAUAAUGACGGACAGCACAACAACCCAUACAUUAUGGCAAUGGUUAACGAUGGAACUCAACAGUAUGACCACCAGAGUGAUGGUUCCCAGCAACAGCUUGGUGGAUGUCUACGUGAUUUCAGAAACAAGCCGUACCCAGUCAGAGUCAAGAUAGAGUACUACAACAAAAUCCUUACAGUAUUUGUGAACAAUGGUCUGACCAAUAACAAGGACGAUUUUGAGCUGUGCCUGAGACAGGAGAAUGUUAAUCUACCAGACAGUGGGUACUUUGGUGUCACAGCUGCCACCGGUGGACUAGCAGAUGAUCACGAUGUUCUUGCCUUCCUUACCCAUUCUCUACAUUCCCAAGAUGAACAGCCAGCCAAUCAGGUGCCGGAGCAGGAGAGACAGAAAUACGAAAAAGAGUUUGACGAUUACUACAAAGAACUGGAACAAGCUAAAGAAAACUACCAAAAACAGCAUCCAGGAAAAUCGCCAGGGGAAUUUGAAUCAAUGUUUGAGGCCCAGGAGGACCGGGAACUGAGGAUGAUAUUUGACGGACAGAACGAGAUGCACAACACGCUGAAGGAACUUAACAGGAAGUUAGAUGAGCUGAUGGGAAGACAGGAAAUGGUUUUAUCUCGCGUCAGUCAGCUGACCGGCGGGAACGUCCAGGUGUCACCGGGUGGUGGAGCCCCUCCCAUUAUCCCAGAAUCCAUCAAACGUCACGAGGUGGACCAGGUGCUGAACAAUCAGGCCCAGAUCAUGAACGACGCCAGAGAUAUCAAACAAGUGAUGUAUGAUGUACAACAGAGAGCUGGUACGAUCCAGGGCAGUCUGGGUGGUGGAGGGGGAGGAUCACAGGGGGGUGGGGGAAUCCCUCAGGAUAUACAGAACAUUAUAUAUAAACUACACGAGAACAUGAACUAUGUCAGGACGGACCUGUCCAACGUCGCCAGUAGACCACAGGGACAGAUGAACUGCCCAGAAGUCCAGGCUAACUGUGUGUCUCCAAUGCUAUUUUUCCUGGCUAUAGGUUUACAACUUCUAUUUAUAGUGGGAUACAUGGUGUAUAGAUCUAACAAAGAAGCACAAGCCAAGAAAUUUUACUAGGUUCUAAGUUUUUUAUUAAAUUGUUAUAAGCUUAAAAAAUGAUAAGGUGCAUUUACAGAAUGGAGAAAUUGCGAGAUCUGAAAAGAACAAUAACUCAGUAUGCAAGAGUUAUCUUUCUUAUAGUAAGAACCAUCCUGAGAGGUUUACUGGAUGUUUGUAGAUCUAGUUAAUCCCCCAAACUGUGUUGACAUGUACAUUUAAUGAAAUCUAUUUAUUAACAAAUUGUUAUGACGAUACAAAUUGGCCAAAUUAACCGUAAGGAUACCAGUAAAUACUUAUAGAGUUGUGGUAUUGUUCAUCAUAGGAAUUAUUAAUGUCUCAUGUUGUUGAUUUUAAAUUGUAACUGACUAAGUAAUUUUGUUGGCUGUACUUAUCAGGUCAUUGUUUUGAUGACAAGUGUCUUUAAAAAAAAAUUUAAAAGUGUAAUUUUCAAAAGGUACUAAAACAAUUACGAAUGUUGUAAAAUUAUUUGAAAUAUAUACUUAGAGAGAUAUACAUAUAUUAAAUGUUGGAUCUUUUUUGAGGUCGUAUUAUAUAUUUGUUGCAUUGAGAUAAUUGUGCCAUUGAGAUAAUUAUUAUCUGCCCAGUGGCGAUGUAUGAUCUGGCAUUUAUAGAUAUUCCAGAGGAAAUUGUGAACUGUACUUUGUAAAUUAGUCAGUGUCCACCUGAUUUAAUAGAUUUUUUUUAAUACUAAAAUUUAAUUUCUAUAUCAAAUUCAAAAUUUCUUUCUUAUCCAAUAAAUCAUGGGUUUAAUUGCAAGACUAAUUCCUCAUAAAUUUGUUGUACAAUUUCAAUAAUUAUUUUUUGGCAUUUUCUAAGGAAUAUAACUUUUUUGGAAAACUGCAAACAAAUUUUUAAAAUUGUGAAAAUGUAUGUGUAUUUGUGUUUGAAUGUGUAGAGAAUGUAAGAUUUUUAAAAGCCUAAAAAUUAUGAUUUUAACAUUCCAGGUCAGAGAUAGUACAUAUUCAAUGUCUCUCUUUUACAGAGCCAUUGAUAUAACAUGUUGUUUUAUGAUGAAUCAAAUGUGACAUGUAUGAAAGCGACAUUGUCAAUUUUCAUAUUGCUUAAAUGGAAAUGUCUGAUGCAUGUGUGAGAGAGGUUUACUGUCAUUUCACAUUAAAUGGCUAUACGUGUAAAUUUUCAGAGUAGCAUUUACAUUUUAUAUUCCUAUUUAAAUUCUUUUAUAAAACCACCACCUUGAUGUUAGAGAAAUACCCCAAGUACAAAAUAAUAUUUUAACUUAAUCCAUAACUUUGUGGAGUCAGUGUUAGUUAUGUGCUUUUUCUUCUUUUUGAUCAGCAUUUAAGGAAAACAUUAAAAAUUGAUCUUUUUUAAUCAUUGUGAUUAUGCAAAAAAAAUUUAUAGAGUAGAUUUAGAACAAAAUGUACUUGUUAAUGAAGAGCUUUUGACAUUUUUAUAAUUUAGAAUAGUCAAUAGAUUUGGUGCUAACUUUGAGCUUCCCACCAUUGUUUGAUAUUUAAUAAUCUAGAAAUUUUAUCUUACAGGUGAAAUUGACAUUAAAACCCUAGUAUUUUUUUUCUUGCUUGAUGGUUUUGAAAGGUACUAAUCUUUCUGUGGUACUACAUCUGCCCCAGAAAUUUCAGUGUGCACUUUUGUUUCUCGGCUUUGGUAACCUUCAAAGGUAGAUAUACAAUUUUAUUUAAAUGCAAGACUUUCUCAUUUAUAUAUUUGUGCCCCCUCCUCAUGUUAUAUGUAGGAAACUUUAAAAUCAAAGCAAUGUUCUUUUCUCGUCAAAAAUAGUUAUUAAUACAAAUCUUAAUUGUUUUUUUCUGUAUUUUCGUCCUGUGCAGCCUUACAUAUUUUGGAACCUCUUUAACCCCCCAGUGUGUUGCCCCCCCCCCCCACCCCCACCUUUUCCUAGUCAUGAUGUCCAUUAGUCAGUGAGAGAGGAGAGUGAUUGUGCUACAUUUACCUGUGACAUGUCUGUCUGUGUUAUAUUGUAUAUGUCUUCAUCCAUGUCUGGUAAAUGGUUUAUAUUUAUUAAUAAAGAACAGUAAAUCU